CCCCCCCCCCCCCCCCCCCCCCCCGGCGUGAGUGGGGUCUCAACGUGAGAUCACGGCGUGAGACCCGGUGAUCCUGGUGAAUCCAGGUCCCUACCAGCGUGAGUGGGGUCUCAGCGUGAGAUCUCAGCGUGAGACCCGGUGAUCCUGGUGAAUCCAGGUCCCCCCCCCCAGCGUGAGUGGGGUCUCAGCGUGAGAUCUCAGCGUGAGGACCCAUCCAGGCGUGAGGUUCCAGUGUGCAGAGGAGCCACGCGCUCCGGCAUCAGGGGACAGAUGGGUUGUGAGCACGGAAACAAAGAGCAGCCUCAGAAGUGGCAGCAGGAAGUGGGAGGCGACGUCCGCACGUGGGACAUUGUCAAGGCCACUCAGUACGGUUUGUUGGAGCGAUGUCGCGAGCUCGUGGAGGCGGGGAAAGACGUGCGGGAGCCGGACGCCGAAGGCAUCUCCUUGCUUCACUGGGCCGCCAUCAACAACCGCAUAGACGUGGCCAAGUUUUACCUGUCGAAAGGAGCUGUUGUGAACCAGUUUGCGGGGGUUUUGAAUGCCACGCCAAUGCACUGGGCUGUCAGGCAGGGACAUCUGGAGAUGGUGGUAUUACUCAUGGCCUUUGGUGGAGACCCUGGCCUGUGGGAUGACGAGGGCGGCUCCUGCCUGCACACCGCCGCGCAGUUUGACCAUCCGCACAUCAUUGCCUAUCUGCUUGCAAAGGGCCAGGACAUUGAUCUGCUUGACAAGCACGGGCGGACGCCGAUCAUGUUGGCGGCACUUCGGACUCAGGGCCCGGAACCGACGCGCAUGCUGGUGCAGUGUGGAGCAUCUCUGGGGCGCGUGGACCAGCUGCACGGCAACUCGGUGCUGCACUACUCCGUGCAGGGCGGCGCGGGGAUCCCCACACAGGUGCUGCUCGAUGCCGGAGCUCCGAUCGACAUCGUCAACAAAGAGGGUGAAACGCCGUUGAUAAUGGCUGUACGGACGAAGGCCUCUUUAGUGGCCCGGCUGCUGGUGGAGGCGCGCAAGACACGAGGCCUCCACGGAUCGCGCCUUAUGCACGCACUCAAGUCCCGCAAGAGUCUAGGCAUGGUGCUGGUGUGGCUCCUUGCCGGGCUGUCGUUCGGGCUGGUGGGCGGCGUGCUGACGUUGAAGUCUGAGUCAUGGCUGCUCAAAGGCACCCUGCUGUCUGCCGUGUGGGGUUCCAGUGCCUUAGUCACAAGGUUCCUGUUUUUCCAGGAAAGCCAGAAGAUAGCGCGGCUCGCUGCCUUCUCGUCUACCUUGCUCUGGACGCACUUCACUUGGAUUCUUUGGCUGUGGCCUCACGUGGGUGGCGCGUGGUCCCAGCCGAUGGCCGUGAUUGUGAGCGGAGCGGCAUUUUACUGCCUCGCUAAGGUGGCACGCCCUCCACCCGGCAUCGCCAGGAACCAGCAAGAGCAGAGACAGACGGUCAUCAAAAUGGCUGAGGCUGGAACAUUCACGGCGUCCACGUAUUGCAUAAUUUGCCUGGCACCCAGGCCCCCCCUCUCCAAGCACUGCCCCAUGUGUGGGAGAUGCAUCGAGGGUUAUGACAGCCACUGCUGGUGGAUCGGAAACUGUGUCGGUGCAAAGAAUUGGAGGCACUUCCUCGGCUUGAUGCUGUUCUCGCUGGCGUGGUUAACGUGGCUCCUCUGGGGAUGCGUCUUUUUCUGGAAUGCAGAGUGUGGGGGUUGGGGCCCCGCAGGGCCGGACGGCACGUGGAGCCGAGUGGCGCGCAUCGCCACCUGCUCCCCAUGGGUCACCUGGACCGCCUUCAACACAGCCUUUCACAUCGUGUGGUUGGUGAAUGCGCUGGGCACGCAGCUCUACCAGCUCCUUGUUCUGAGGAUGACGGUAGAAGAGUACGUCAGUAGAAAGAGGUGCCACCACGAGCACGGGACGCAUGCCCACGUGCCACCGCUUCUUCACAAAAACAAAGAAAAAUGAAAGUGCUCACUCAGCCAUCGUCGUCAGGCUGUUCUCUGUGAAUGUUCACGAGGUGGCCUUCGGGGGUCCUCGGUGAAGAGACCUAAAUCUUUCCGCCUGGAAGAAGUCGGUACCAGGAUGUUGAGUUGAAAAUGUUACUUUACAAAAUUGCCAAUGUAAUGAUUUUUUUGUUGGUUAAUUUAAUGUGUCUAUAAUGGGCUCAUAAAUCUGCUCGGUGGCUUAAGAAUUGAGAGUUAUGUUAGUGCCUUUGGGUUUUUGUAUAUUGUUAAUUAAAACUGAAAAUAAUUUUUCGUUGAGGCUUUAUAUAUGGAAUAUUUGUCUUUUUACACUGUUUUAUAAUCGUACAACGAAAUCGACAGACACAAGCAGCCACACUUCUAUGCGAUGGACAUUUACGAAGCUUGCAUUGCCAAGUCAACUUGACACCGAUGCCCCCAGGACAGAUAUUGAAGCAUUUGUAACAAUGUCACGCUUCAUUUACAUGAUGACACAUUGAUCGUACGCAUGGAUCACUCAACAAAUGCAAUUCAGAGACCUCAGAUUGAAUGUUGAGGGAAAGUAAAAUGAGCUUGCCAAGGACACAUCUCCGGAAUGGGUGGCUGACGGAUGGGAUGAGCGACAGACUACAGCCACUGCAGAUGUGGAGUGAUGAGAUUCGUUUAUGUAAAGGGGGUGUCAAUGGCAUGAGUCCAUCCAGCAACGGAUACACAAUAAUGAUCAUAUUGAUAACCACAAUAAACAUUACAACACUGGAUGUCUCUGGAUUUUCUCCUUCGAUAAUAUGUAAUAACCUGUACGUACUCUUAAGGCCCCUUGCAGAUGUUUGCCAUGCGUGACACGCCACAGAGGCACACUAGAUUUGGAAGACUCGUAAAUACGUGACAUUUGUUUACAAAAAAAAUGCAUUAUUACUUUUGAAUCCUCGUGUUUUUUUUUGUUUUACUUCAAAGACAUUACCGAAAGAUAUGCAGGACACAACAGUCCUCUACUUAUGAGCAUUUGACUUACGAAACGUUCAGAGAGAUACGAAAAAAACUGUCCGUAUGCUGAGUUGCCUGCUCGGACCGAGAGUGGUAACUUCAACCGCCGUGCAAUAUAUGGUAGUGGUGGUAUCUACAUCUACAGAACAUGAAGAACCAGUGGCAUCUACAGGAGAUCUUACAACCUUUAAAGCCAUUCCCCGUGUUUAGUGUACACGCUGUACAUGUUUGGAAUCGACAGGAGUAAAGUUGGACAAAUCGACUUGUGAACAGACCUCGAGAACGUAACUCGUGCAUAUAAAACUCCACCUAUGCUUUAACAUGGUAUUGUUACCGUUUCUAUAAAGCUUCACUCGUCAAUCCCUUCAUUUAUGUCAAGUACCUUAAAUACAUUAAGCGUCCGAGUAAAUAUACAGUCCAUGCAUACAAACAUAUGUUGGGAUUUUUUUAUUUAAAGCUUUCGUGACUGCAGGGAUUCAUAUUCUUGGUUCUUUCGGUGAAGUCACGUAGAAGGGAAACAAUAAAAUAAUAA